CGUGCCGCUACAUAGCUUUACCUCGUGGGCAACACGUCCUAGCAGAGCAGAGCAGAGCACACCACAGUCCACAGCUCCACACUCCCUCCCGCAGUCUGCAAAUCUGCAAUAUGCCUGUCUGCUCAUCUUCCUCCUUCGACGACGACACUGACGAUGCCUCCUUCGGAUCGCCUUCGGACGACGGCAUCGACAGUGCUGGCGGAGCGCUCUCGUGGCCGGAAGCCGAGAGCAUCACCCCCUCGCUGCUCACUCAGGAAGAGGUGGACGGCCUCUCCUGCAUGUCCGAGCUCUCGAAGGAUUUCAUCGCGCGCCCGGCCGGCAAUCUGCGGGUGUGCUCGUCGCCGGCGCCGGGGCAUGUCUGCGUGUACCCUUGCGCGCUGGAAGCUGGAUUCUGCUGCACAAAAACACCGCCAUGUCUUCAGGCCUUCUUCUGCGAGGUGCUCAGCCACUUCAGCCUUGCGCCAAGCCAGCUUGCGCCCAACGGGUGGCGCAAUGUGGCGCACUUCUACAAGCUCUGUGGUUCCGCCGGCGUGCGACCAUCACUGGCAUUAUUCCAGCAAUUCUUCCGGCUGUGGAGAACGCCCAAGGGCAAUGCUACUGGUUGGUACCAUUUCCGUAGCAAGUACAUCUCCUUGCCGGCGCCGGCGGCCGCUCCCAACAUUAACUGGAAGGAGGAUUAUUUCUUCCUCUCGUCGCCGGCGCCGUGGACUUGCCCCGUGCAGUGGGGCGAGCCGUCUGAGGAAUCAAAGAUUUUGCGAGAUGUCGAGGACGACGAGACGGCAGCCGUGCUGAAGUUGUUGGGUGCUCGCGGCAGCGCCUCGGUCGAUACGACAAACACUAUGCUGGUGAAGGCUGAGCAGCGCAGCGACAGCGACAUCUACACCGACACCGGCGAGCGGUCGCCGUCGUCCGGGAGAAAAAGAAGCUCGAGGAGGCAAACACGCCGCUGCUUCAGGCCGUGAAGAACGUGAUGAAGCUGCAGAAGAAGUUGGUCGCACGGGAGCGGGACGCGGCAGCGGAGUCUCGCGCCUGCCGGGCGGAACUGAAGAAACUUGUUAGAAGGGAGAGAGAGAAUUGGUGUAAUAUGAUGGAUGUAUUAUUGAGCUUCGAGGACGAGUAUAUAUUGAAUACAAGACUUGAAGGGCAAGACGCCUCUCCUAGAGAUAAGGUAGGAGACGGAUUACAAAUCCUAGACUAUCAAAUACAAAUAUCGCAAAUAUAUCUCUAACAAAACUGACUGCCACGCUCGAGAAAACGGCAAAGGUGGAGAGCCUACAGAUGGAGGUAAAGCAGCUGGAGGCCGAGCUCUGCAAGGCAAAGGGGACAGCAAUGCAGGACAACCAGAAGGCUGGCCUUCUGCAGACGGAGGUGAAAAAGUCAAGGGCCGAGCUGAGCGUUGCCAAGGAGGAGGCGAAGGCGGAGGGCGAGAAGGCAGCCGCUCGACAGGAAGAGCUGGAGAAGGUGAAGGUCGCCGAGGCCAAGAAGGCGGCCGCUCUACAGGAGAGAAGACGGCCGCUCUACACAAGCUGGAGAAGAUGAAAACCGCCGAAGCCGAGAAGGCGGCCGCUCUACAGCAGAAGCUGAGAGCCGCUGAGGAGGCGAAGGUCGCCGCUCUACAGAAGCUGGAGAAACAGAACGCUGCCGAUGUCGAGAAGGCGGCCGCUCUACAGAAGCUGGAGAAGCUGAGAGCCGCCGAGGCCGAGAAGGCGGCCGCUCUUCAGACGGAGCUGGAGAAGAUGAAAGCCGCCAAGGCCAAGAAGGCGGACCCGGUGAAGACGAGUGAAGAGUUCGACAUUUACCUGAGUUAACUCUUUGAUUAGCUGUUCCUGUUCGUCAGGUAAUCAGCGUAUCUGCCUAGUAGUAUGAUCCCUUUUGUCCGAGGUUAUCCCUCUCUAGCAAAUGUGGACUUCGCAGUUUGGUGUCAUAAUAUGAAAUUCAAAUUACUCCUGCUA